AUGUUACAAAGUAUUGGAUUUCCAUAUUCCGAUUGGCGAACAUAUGUCUGGGAAAUACAAAUACUACCAGCUUUACGGAUAUUUAAACAAGAAUAUGGUCAUUUAUUUGUACGUCAACAGUUUCAAGUUCCAGUAGGUGAUUUCAAAUGGCCACGUGCGACUUGGGGGAUUAAAUUAGGUUCUCAAUGUCAAUUACUACGUCGUGAUGUGAAUGAUGGAUUAUCGGAAGAACGGAAGGAAGUAUUGAAUCAAAUGGGGUUUAUAUGGAGUGAUAUUCAAUGGAAAUGGGAAAUGCAGUUUCUAACAGCUCUGAAAACAUAUCGAACAAUCUAUGGCCAUACUUGUGUUCAUCAUAUGUUUAAAGUACCAAUGAAUGAUACAUGCUGGCCCAAAAUCACGUGGGGAUAUCGACUUGGUCAUGCGGUUGCAAAAGUACUGACAAAUUUAGAUGAACACAUUCUUACGUCAAGUCAAGUGGAAGAUUUAGAAAAAUUGGAUUUUUUUCAAACCACACAAGCUCUAGAGGUAUGGCAACAUGUUGUAAUGCCAUCCUUGGAACUCUAUCCAAUUGUUUACGGUGAUACAUUUAUUUCAGAGGAUUUUAUUGUUCCUAGUGAAACACCUUGGCCAGAACGGUCGUGGGAUAUGAAGUUGGGAUAUGUUGUCAAAACAAUCAACUCGAAGCUCGUUUUUCAAACUGAAAUGGGAAAUGACAAACAGAAACUAAAAGAGAUUGGCUAUGCAUGGGAAUCACUCUUUGGUAAAUGGGCCAAGGAAUUACUACCAGCUCUACGUCUUUAUAAGGCCAAGUUUGACCACUGUGAUGUACCAUCGUGGUGGAUUGUGCCCAUGAAUGAUGAGUCUUGGCCCAAAGCACUGCGCGGCUAUCAUCUUGGCAAACAAGUGGUUCGAGUUCGGCGCAAUGGACGUUUAAAUGCCGACGUGGCUGAUGUACUGACAGAGUUGAAUGCAAUUGGAUUCAAGUUUAAUGCCUUUGAAAGUAACUUUGUUGAUCGGGUCUUACCGGCGUUAGAAGUUUAUGCAAAAAUCUACGGCGAUACGCAUGUGUCUCAAGGCUUUAUCGUGCCAUCCGAGAGCACGUGGCCAUCUCCGUCAUGGGGAACAAAGCUUGGGCACACCGUACGCAACAUACGCAAUCGCCAUCAACAUGCACAACAGGUAGAGAUAUACCGCGAGCGUCUUGAAAACAUUGGUUUCGUAUGGAGCAUCUACAAGUCCACGGCAGCUACUAAGCGCGACAUUGUGGAUCCAAGUCUUGAGGUCUACAAGGCGAUUAACGGUGAAGACGCUGAGAUACCGCGUCAUUUCGUAAUUCCUGCCGAUGAUUCGCGUUAUCUGGAUAUCGCUAAAGGCUUUGAGCUAGGCGCAUGGCUUGUCCAGUACAACAAGCGCACCAUCGGUCUGCUUCCGUUUCAGACACACGAUGGCAGAAAAAGAACGGCAUCGACGAGCGAUGAGCCCCGUCAUCCUCGCGCCCAGAGAAACCUUACACCUCACGCUGAACAGUACUGGAAGGAUGUUUUAUUGUGCUCAUUUCAAACUUAUGCAAAUUUGUAUGGUAGUUGUAAAGGCAUGGUCGGUAGUUUUGUUGUACCACAUGUAGAACCGUACCCGCAGUCUGCUUGGGGGCUUAAUCUUGGCCUUCGUUUGCGUCACCUUCGUCACGGCAUUCGUUAUGCCAAUGAAAUUGCCAAGUAUAAAGAUGAGCUUCAAGAGCUAGGCGUGCUGCUUAAUGAGAUGCAGUCAGGUUAG